CGCGAGAUCUGGUUCACUGCUGAGUUCGUCUCCCGGAAAAUACCGUGAGACAUAGCAGCAGAGGAAAACUCGGCUAAGCCCCCCUUUUUAAUCAAACCUUGCUGGACAAGUACACAUUUGUGAAAAAUCCUCUUUGAUCAAGGUUGUAGCCACACACUGAAGUUUCAGAACCUCAUCUGAAUCAUGGGGAACCUUUUUGGGAAUUUGCUGAAAAGCCUCAUAGGGAAGAAGGAGAUGAGGAUCUUGAUGGUGGGCCUCGAUGCUGCAGGAAAAACUACAAUCCUCUACAAACUCAAACUGGGGGAAAUAGUGACCACCAUCCCAACCAUCGGGUUUAACGUGGAGACAGUGGAGUACAAGAACAUUAGCUUCACUGUGUGGGAUGUGGGCGGGCAGGACAAGAUCCGGCCCCUGUGGAGACACUACUUUCAGAACACACAGGGUCUAAUCUUCGUGGUGGACAGUAACGACAGAGAGCGUGUGAACGAAGCACGGGAGGAGCUGAUGAGGAUGUUAGCUGAGGACGAACUGAGGGAUGCAGUCCUCCUUGUGUUUGCCAACAAACAGGACUUACCGAACGCCAUGAAUUCCGCUGAGAUCACAGACAAGUUGGGCUUACACUCCCUGCGUCACCGUAACUGGUACAUCCAAGCCACCUGCGCCACCAGCGGAGACGGCCUCUACGAGGGUCUUGAUUGGCUGGCCAAUCAACUCAAGAACAAAAAAUAAACAGGAACAAGCAGCCGUCCAACUUUCUAUUUGUUCCUGGAACGGGGGCUUCGGUUAGGUAUGGGAGAUUUGAUCAAUAGGUGAAAAGCAAGAUUCAUGGUUUAAGGGAUAUUUUAGGCUUUCAUUUUCAGUCUGUUGAGCUCUAAGUAGUUAACAUGUUAAGCCCCAUAGCCCCUGCCCGAAACUGUGUCUUAGGGCUUUUUAACAUUUAACAACCUAUUAAUGUGUCAUACCCACUUAACGGGAAGAAACUCAGCUAACUGACGAUAUGAAUU